AUGCGAUUCAUACCCUCUCGACUGAACGCCGUCGAAAAUGCUGAGGAGUACAUACCCGGAGGCUUCCAUCCAGUGGCCAUCGGCGACAUUUAUGCAAACGGUCGUUACAGAAUCCUCCACAAACUCGGCAUCGGGGGAUCCUCCACCGUCUGGAUGGCUCGCGACUAUGCGCAGAAUACCCCAUACGGUAGACUGGUCGCUCUCAAAGUCAUGUGCGCCGACGUUUCAACUACAGCUGCCGAGCAGAUGCCCGAGUUGGUCGUCCCGAAGGCGCUUCGCGCGGUCGCGGGCUCUUGCGACUUCCAGACUGUCGACCACCAUUUCCUGGUGCAAGCGGGAUCAGUUCGAACCGGUCGCCGUCUACGCGGGGAUCUGGCGAGAGCCGUUGCGAAGCAGGCAGCUGCGGCGAUCAGGUGCAUGCAUCUUGCAGGCAUUGUUCAUGGAGACCUCACGACAUCAAAUGUCUUAUUUCGUGUAGCCCGGUCUGUUGUUGACUGGACGGAUGAUGAGGUGUACGCGCAGUUGGGUUUACCUCGCACUGAAGUGGUCAGGACCUUUGAUGGUUCACCUCCCGGAUUGCACGCAGCCACCAAGCUCGUCGAAUCGGCAAAGCUUUCCCGACUCGCCGAUCUGUCACUUGUCGAAGAACAUGUUACAAUCAUCGAUUUCGGCCAAUCCUACUUCAUUCGCGAUCCCCCAAAGGACUACGAACCCGCCACAGCAAUCCAUUACCAGUCGCCGGAAAUGCGCUUUGAUGAUCAUAUAGGCCCCGAGACUGAUGUUUGGUCGCUCGGAUGCGCUAUCUUCGAAAUCCGAUCGGGAUAUCCGCUCUUCGAGCCAUUCUUCGGAAGCGAGGAUAUAAUGCGGCAAACUGUCCAGACUCUCGGACGAUUACCUGAUCCUUGGUGGAACUCCUUUGAGGAGCGAGUUUGGUGGUUCGAGGACGACGGUGAACCGAAGGACAUAUCGGCUCAGAAGCAGACGGGGGUUAGGAUAACUGCCCGCAAAACUUCGAUUUCAGAGAAGCUGCGUUCCAUAGGCGACGUUGAUGAGCCACCUGCUGCAGACGAAGGUCCGAUGAUAGAAAGGUGUGGGGUCAAGCUAUCGGAGGAGGAAGCCGAAUUGCUCUCUGAUUUGCUGGGGAGGAUGCUGAAGUAUCGACCAGAGGAACGCCCUACCAUGGAGGAAGUCAUCCACCAUAGGUGGUUCAAUCUCUGAACCUUAAGGACUAACAAUUCACUGGGCUUGAUGCUCAUGCGAUCAUAGUAGGAGUCCGGAACGGAAGCGAUUUCUUACUAUCUAGGCCACAUGCGUAUCAUGUAUAUAGUGCCUGGUGAAUGAAGUUAUGGUGACCGAGG